AUGCAAAGUUCUCAAAAAUUUACAGCCUCAAGCAACCUUACCAUAGAGGAUCAUCAUCAAGAACAGCAUGGGACGUCGGUACUCUCAUCCUCAGAGUCUUCAACAUCAUCGUCAUUAUCAACAAUGACUCCGAGUAUGGAUCAGAGUCAUGAAUUAAUUCCUGAAGCUCCUGUUGCCGAUGAGAGCUUGAAUGUCCAGCAAGAAAUUGGAGAAAUGACAGCAUUAGAAGCUCUUGAUUUUCUGAUUGAGGAAAAUAAAAAACUGUGGAAAGAAAAGAUAAAAUUUGAGAAUUACGCCUACGCCUUAAAUCAAAGUUUAUUAGAAUCGGAAUCAAAAUUGAAAAAACUAGCAAGAUAUAAAAAAGCCUUCUUGCAAGAGCAAGAGGAAAAAGAAAAGAUGAGAAUCCAAAAUGAAAAACUUGAGAACGAAAUUAAAAAAGUGAGAGAAGAAAAAUCAAGAUCUUUCACGUCGACGAAUCAAUCAAACUUGGAUCUGCUCCAGAGUAACAUUGCAAAAAUGCAAAUACAAACACAACAACAUGAAAAAGAGAAACAGCAUCUGUCCCUUCAAGUUAGAAAAAUCAAAACAAAAAUCAUUGAGACAAAGUUGGAUCAGAAAUCUUUGAAAAGUGAAGCCAAGUUCUUAAGCACUAAAUUUUCAGACGAGUUUUCUUCCCUUAUAGAAACAAUUAAGGAUAACAUAAACAUGAAAAUGGAUCAAAUGGACAAUGAACUCGAUAAAAUGGAAAAACAAUAUAACAACGUGUUGAAGGAUAGCGAAGAUCAAGUUAGAGAAACAGCAGGCUUCUUGUUAAAAGUUGGGCAAACUGUAAAGAGUUGGAAACGACGAUGGUUUGUGUUUAGAAAAGAUUUGACCUUCAGUUACUUUAAAACCGUUGAGGAUUUGAAGCCAAUUGACACGAUUGAUGUAUCAAUGGAAGAAAGCUUGGAUAUCUCUGCAGACGUGACUCAAGGAAAGCCUUUUGCUUUCAAAUUGGUGACAAAAGACAGAACUUAUUACUUGUGCGCAACCAACGAGGACGAAAAGAGACGAUGGAUUUCGACACUUAGAAGGUGGUUUGAGGUGAAUAAGGCGUACUUGACGAAAUGA